AUGGACGCACAAUUGUGGCAUAGCUGGGUAGCUACUCAGUCGGUAAGUGAAGAGCUGGCAAAUGGCUUUAUUCAACAGUUUCAGCGAAGAAAUAUGGAUGUCUCUACGAUAAAUUGCGAAUAUUCAAUGUUAAAUGUUCGUCAAAUAGAUGUGAACAUCAAAGGUUUAGGAAAUCUGAUCGUAUGUACAAGGGAUGAUGGUGAUCUACAACAGCAAUUCCAAACGUGUUUCCUCAGUGACCGUGAGCAACUGGGGAUGGCAUUUAGGAAUUGGGUGGCCGAAAACACGACCUUCUUUGUGGAAAGAGUUGUAUUUGGCAACGCAUUGAUAUCAUUAAUCGCGGACUAUUUCUUGAAGCAAAGGUCACAAGCCAUCAAGAUAAUAUACAUGCCAACAACACACGACAAUCACUUGAAAAAACUGCAAGUUGACUUUUCCCAACCAGACGUAGAGGCCCUACGUGAAGGCCAGGACGGCGAAAGAGUCUUUUCAGAGUUGAUUUUGCCAUACCUGUACGAUCAAACCGGUAUCCGGGCUGAGAAACUGCCCAUGGCGGAAGUACGAGUUCAUCACAGCGUGCUGGUGAGGUCGGACGGUGUGAAAAUACUUGGAAACGACAAGCAUGCAAUAGCGGGUACGACGGCUGAAAUUUUGGCCUUCGUAAAUACUCAAUGUAAAAGUGCGGAGGAAUCGCUUAUCACCACACCAUCCGAGUAG